CUAAUCUAAGCCGCUUGAGAGAGAGGGAGAGAGAGAGAGAGAGAGAGAGAGAGAGAGAGAGCUGAAGGGUUUCGUUACACGCCAGGGAACCUUCCGAGCCAUUAAUAGCACAAGUGCGAAAUAAAGUAGCGCGACUUGCAGUUUAAAUCCCUCAACUAUCCCGAGGGAAACAGGAGAACAUCUAUUCACUGCUACUUCAGAAACUGUCACUUUAACUUACAGUCCUGAUGUCGAGCUUGAACUGAACUGAGUGCAGAGAGAUUUUAUUUCUUCUCGUCAUCCCGUUAUGGAGAUUAUUAAAGUGGAGAGCAGCGGAAUUCAGCGCCUCGUUCAACACAGCAGACUGGUGCUACUGCUGUUAGUGUAACUGGUCUUCAUGCAUUACUUCAGGACUACGUGUAGCAGAGCUGCUGCCCGGGUGCAGGUGCCACCAGUGGUCCGUAAAGAAAUUUGGACUGUGGGCUGGAUCCAGGCAUGUAACCAAAUGGAUUUCUUCAAUUACUAUGGAGAAGAAGGAAUAUCGAGCUGGGAGCUCCCUGAGCUGAGAGAUGGACACAUCCAGGCCAUCAGUGAUUCAGACGGAGUGAACUACCCAUGGUAUGGCUGUACCACUGAGAUUUACACCAUCGUAGGACCCACCAAGAGGAGCACCACACUCACUGUGAGCAUGAACGACAACUUCUGCCCCAGCGUGACAUGGAGUAUCCCCACAGGCACCACAAGUGUCCCCCCACUUUUGAGCUCCAUCCAGAGGGACCAGCGCUUCACCACUUGGCUGGUGGCCAUGAACGAGGCCUCAGCUGAGAUGGUACUGCUCAGGACCAUCCGCUGGAAGAUGCAGAUCGCUAUUGAGGUGGAUCCCGAGAAGCCCCUGGGACAAAGAGCUCGCCUCAUGGAUCAUCUUGCUCAAGAACAGCCAGAGAUCUUGGCUAUGAAUGAACCCAUCCCACCCAAUGCCUUGGUCAAACCCAAUGCCAAUGAUGCUCAGGUGCUAAUUUGGAGACCUAAAAGAGGGGAGUCGGUUGUUGUCAUCCCCCCUAAAUAGUGAGUGGAGUGACAAAGCAAACACUUGUAUGUUUUUGACUUAAAUGUUUUACCUCCUGCUUCUCACUGAACCUCAAGUAGUACAAUAUUUAUUUAUUAUUUUAUUGAUCAUUAUUGGAUGUUCAGAAAUGAAAGUGUGGCCUCAGAUAAACAGCGUUCUGCAUUACUGUUUUGCCAUAUGUUGAAUAGAUUUCAAUAAUGUU